AUGAGCGCUCCUCACACCGACGAGUCGACCCCGCUCUCCUCGUUCCGCAUCCCCUCGCUGUUCGACGUAACCUCUCUCACCUGCGUCGUCACGGGCGGCUCCUCCGGACUCGGCCUCUACGCCGCGCACGCACUCGCCUCCAACGGCGCACUGGUCUACAUCCUCGGGCGACGCAAGCCUCUGCUCGACUCUACCGUAGCUCAAUUCCACACCCUGCUCCCCACCCCAUCUUCGCGUCAGGAAGGGGAUCUCGUUGCGGUUCAAGCGGACAUCACAUCGAAAGAGUCUCUUUCCGCCGCUCGAGAGGUGAUCACCGCGGACCUCGCUUCUCGCGGCAGGUCUGGUAUCAACCUGCUCAUCUGCAACGCUGGAAUCGGUGGCCGAUUCCUUCGCUCCUACGGCACUUCCGCGCCCACUGAGAAGGAAGACAAGGACAAGGAAUUCACCUCGAUCGUCGACGAACUCUCCUCCUUCUCCGAAUCCGAGAUCAACUCGAUCCUCAACACCAACAUCACCGGCAACUACCUCACCGCACUCACCUUCCUUCCGCUCCUCAAACUCGCCACGUCCACCACCUACCCUUCCCAGACCAUCCUCAUCUCAUCCAACGCAGCGUGGGCUAAACUGCCCAUCCUCAACCCUAUCUACAACAUCUCCAAAACCGCUCUCUCGCAGCUCGGUCAGAUCCUCUCGACCAUGUUCGCCGAUCAUGGGUUGCGAACCAACGUUGUGGAGCCGGGGUUGUACCCGAGCGAUCUGACGAGUACGGAGGGAAGGGAUGAGCAGACGGGUCAUGCGAGGUUGAGCCAUACGAAUGGAGCGGAUAUUCCCGUGGGUAGGUGUGGGAGGCCCGAGGAACAUGCGAGUGCAGUGCUGUAUUUGGCGAGUAGGAACAGUGCCUUUGCCAACGGCUGCACUAUGAGGGUGGAUGGAGGAGCGUUGCAGAAGCUCCCCGCGUCGGAUUGA